AUUGAAGUAAUUUCUAUUAUAUGUAACUGAUUCAAUCGCUAUUGUAAAAACAAACAGCAAGUAUGGUUAGACUCAACAAAUGUUGUUAUUCUCGUAUAUUUAUUCGAAGGAUGUUUAUAGUACACAUGUGUUUGAGAAGGUUCCAUAACGCGUUAUUUGGUUUAUUAGUUGGAUUGUUUUGUUUAACCAUAUAUAACAAACAAUCAAAUUCCUGGGAUGCAAGAGAUAAUAGAGAGUUAUUAAGUGAAGAAAUCGACUCCCCAGAGUCCUACACCAGUGGCAGAAAAUUUCAGGAAUUAAAUGACAGGAUAGAUAUUUAUCAGAGUACCCAGCAACCAAAUUAUGAGGAGGAAGUCGAUAUGGUGUACACAUGGGUUAACGGUUCCGAUCCAGAAUUUAAACGGAACUUUGAACAACUAAUGAAGAAGGAGGCAAAGAGCAAAUCAGACAUUUUGGCGUUAAAUCGAUACAACGAUUGGGGAACACUAAAGUACUCUCUGAGAUCUGUCGAAAAAUUUCUACCAUGGAUAAGACAAAUCUUUAUAGUCACGAAUGGACAGAUUCCGUACUGGCUGGCAAUGAAUAAUCCAAAAAUCAGCGUCGUUGUGCAUGAAGAAAUCUUCGAAAACAAAUCACAUUUACCCGCGUUCACAUCCCCUGCGAUAGAAUGCCAUAUCCACAAGAUACAUGGACUCUCGAAAAGAUUCAUAUACAUGAAUGAUGAUAUAAUCUUUACUAAGAAAAUGCAGUUUUCUGAUUUUUAUACAGAAAAGGAAGGGCAUAAGCUUCGAUUUAUACAAGAAAGACUCGAACAUUGUAACGCAUUAUGUCCUGCUAACAACGUGAAUAAUGGUAUAUGUGAGGUAAACUGCACCACUGCCAGUUGUGAAUUUGACGGGGAUGACUGCAAACGAUUUAAGGAGCUACCUGAGUACCCCGGGACAGACAAAGAUUUUAUGUACGACAGCUGGGGUGGUUCUUUAAGACACACCCAUUUCUUAUUGAAUAAAGCGUUCGGCCCACAGGACAGAUAUAUACCGGAACAUGCUGCAAUUCUACUUGAUAAAGAUAUCUUUGGGGACUUGAUUAAAAGAUUUCGUGAAGAUUGGGAUAUAACGUCUUCUUCCAAGGUACGACAACAUUUGACUAUUCAACCGGAGUUCGCAUAUUAUAACUAUUUGAUAUUCCUAGGACAAUCUAGAGCAAAUGGGGUUAAAACAACGACAAUAUGGACAAAAAAGAAUGCUGAGAAGAUCGAUUUUAUUAUGGACAACAGAGGUCGAAUAGAACGUUUGAUGCAGUAUAAAUGGUGCAAGCGGGAGAUGCUACUUAAACAACCAAAAUUCCUGGUAUUUUCAGACCAUUUUAACCGCAUGUUAUACGACGCAGAGAAGAGUGAAAUACAGGACUCCCUCAAAAGAUUCUUACAAAACAUGUUUCCAAAGACGUCUGAAUUUGAGUUGAAAUAGAGUUUUGUCAAAAUCAAGUUAUACAUGUAUGUCAAGUUUUGGUAACUGGUCUGCCCGCCGCCCCAGUAUUUGUGAAUAAGUGUUGAUAAUCUUGUAAAGAACUUUAAAAUGUAUAGAAUUCGAUUGUAUAACCAAGGAUGAACAUGAGUGCGCAGUGUUACUUAAAGUGUACAUUGAUGUCAGAUGGACAAUGAAGUCAUGAUUAUCGAGUGUAAUUUCCAGUCAAACGUUUACACGCAUAUCUUGAACUGUGAACUUCACUAUUGAAUGCAUACUUCGGCCGUGAACUUCACCAUCUAAGGCAUACCUGGAGCGAUGAACUUCGCCACUAAAUUUCACUAAUGUUUCGGUUCGUGGCAUAAGAGUGUCCAUAAGGAGACUUCAGCGGCUUUGCUGAAUGUGAUCAACGGCUUUGCUGAAUGUGAUCAACGGCCAACGGCUUUGCUGAAUGUGACCAACGGCUUUGCUGAAUGUGAUGCAUAUAUUGCACCACCGAUCCCACUUUGAGCCAGUAGGCAUCUCUGUCCAUCAUUGCCACGGAUUUAAGUCAUAAAUGGUUAGCAUUGUCUGCACGAUAGUCCUUUAUGACUGAUGCUAUCUUCUUCCAACAUAUUCUCUUUAAAAUGAUGUAUCAAGCUAACAAAAUCAAGCCGUUUUGUCUAUGCACUUUUGUUCAGAGGCUUCAGAGAAUACAUAUUCUAAGGGUGUUUCUGACAUAAUUAGAUAACCACCCUUGUACGCUAAUUCUUUCAGACCAAUCUAAGAAAUUUUGCACUAGUUUGAUCGACGCGGGAAUGUUACAGUUUGAGAGUGCUGUUCUACUCAGGUUUACAACAUUUAUACUAACAGACUCUUCUGAUAUGGCUUUUAAGUUUUUGGUUAGACGUCUGGUACUUUAAAAGUAAAAAAUAAGUUUAAGGCAACUCAUAAGCAAUGGUUAUGUUGCCCUUUCAAAUCGAUACAAGUACUUCAGGUGUCUUCUUGCGUUACUCCUUGUCAAGGUUUUAAAUCUAUGUUGGAUAUUUUGACUAUUUCUAAUAUCAUUGCAUUUUGUGAUUAAAAAUAUAUAGAG